GAACAUCCAUUCAAUCAAAUUUUUCGAAACCAUAGAUACACCCAGGCCCAACUUGAACCCUUUCAUUCUCAGCUCCAAAACUCUGCGUUUUGAUUGCUUUUGCAGCCUGCUGAAGCAAGUUUCAGGUUUUGAACCCUCCAUACCCUAGUCCUGUUCUUUGAUUACGGUAUUGCAUCUAAAGCAAUUUAACGAAAACAUUAUAAUUUUUUUAAACUUACUAUUAUAUUGAUGAAGAUUUUAAUUGCGGGGUUUUGACACUUGCCUGCUUACAUCCACGUUCUUAAUGUUGCGAAAAGAGGUGACUGUGAAUCCAAAUCCAAAUCUGAAUGGGCUAUCUUCAAUUUGGCAGACAUGGUGUUAGACAAAUCAUUAGAUUUAGAGAUGCCAGUUAUGAUAAUGUUGUGGUAAACCCAGUCUUGUAUGCUUCCCAAGGACUUCGAUACAACAGGAAGCUGCAAGUCAUCCUUACGACUGACAUAGAUAAGCUGGGAAAGGCAGGUGACACUGUCAAAGUUGCCCCUGGAUAUUUUCGCAACCACCUAAUGCCCAAGCUCCUUGCUGUCCCUAACAUUGAUAAGUUUGCUUAUCUCCUCAAAGAGCAGCGCAAGAUCUAUCAGCCAAUUGAAGAGAAAAAACAAGAAGAUGUCACUUUGGUUAAAGAGUCAAAGGAAGAUAUGAUGAAAGAGUAUGAAAAAGCAGCAAUACGUCUUGAUAAAGCUAAGCUGGUCUUGAGGAGGUUAAUUGAUGUUCAGAAAGCAAAGUUACGUGCAUCAAAAGAUGACCCCUUGGAGUUACGCUCACCUGUUACAAGAGAUGUCCUUGUGGCUGAGGUGGCAAGACAACUAUGUGUGAACAUUACACCCGAAAACCUGCAUCUUCCAAUAGCUUUAUCAACAGUGGGAGAAUAUGAGGUGCCACUGCGUUUACCAAGGUCCAUCCCCUUGCCACAGGGCAAGGUUAACUGGAGUUUGAAUGUUAAAAUCAGGAGUAAAUAAAUCUCUCGUCUUGUUGAAUCCAUGUUCUCAUGGGAUGGAAUUAUUGUUUUCUACUGAUAUAUCGUUAGGUUGAACCCGAGGAUUAUAAGAUUUUGCUUUACUUUUAUUUAUGGAAAUAGAAAU